AUGUCGCUGGCAAAGAGGAACAAUGGUUGUCUCGAGUGCCGCACGCGCCGAGUGCGCUGCGAUAAGACAGAGCCCGAAUGCUUCAAGUGCUGCAAAAAGGGGAUCAAGUGUUCCGGCCAAGGCAUCGAGUGUCGGUUCAGCUCCCACAUGAAGAAUGGCAGCCCGGCGCGCAUCUCACAGGCUGCAAAUCGUGCCGCCGGCAAUGCUGGUAAAGCUGCUUCUCGAGCGCCGAAUCGUUACCGAUGGGUCACCGUAACCAGCAAGCAGUCGGGAUCCUCUCCAGAUGCUACGAAACUGUCUUCUCACCGGAGUUCCACCUCUCCACCAAAAGUGUCAAAUGCGCAGCCAAUAGUUGGGCCGGUUCCCCCGAAUAAACCUCCGUCUGAUACAGAUUCUCCAGAUGGGAGUUUAGACGACGAUGUGGAAGAGCUUGGACCGAGAAACAUGCCAAUUGUUCACCCUCAACGCUCGAUUCAAGUCGUGUCUCCCCAGUUCAGAUUGUUCUUCAACCAUUUCUCGGAAUUCAUCGCGCCGAAAAUGGUCGUGUUUGACUUCAAGGGCAAUGGUUAUCGCGACAUCCUACUUCCUCUCGCUUGUGAAGACGAACUAGUCGGACAGGCCAUCUCCGUUAUCGCCGCCUUUCAUCUAUCACAAAGGGCGCCGCAUAUGCGAAUGGCGGCCGAGGUGGGCCAGCAUGCGAUAUUAUCGAAACUAUUUCGCGACUCGCUCCAAUUAGAACCAAGAAGACUGUUUAGUCUAUCAACCUGGGCAACCAUCCUUGUGUUGCUCGUGGGGGAAACAAUCACAGGUGCCAACAAUUACGUGCACCUGCUAGAGAUUCUCUCAAACCUAGCACAAUCAUCUGAUGCCGUGCAGUCUUUGUCGGUAACUACAAGGGGGUUCAUCAGGGAACAAACGCGAAUGUUCGAAUUGUUUGGCUUUCCAUUAUCCAGUGAGACCAAAGGACUGCAAACAUUGUCGAAACAGCCCGACUACUACUUAGACUUUAUGUCUUCGUAUCCCUCGCUCAGCCAAGAUCCGGAGCAGUAUGCGAAUGUCGCUGUAAUGAAAGAGGCUAUCCGACAAGCUUGCGAGUUAUAUCGCAAUCGUGCUCUGCAUCUCAUCUCAAAAGAAGAGUCUAUCCGAUCUGUAGAGCGGCUUCGAGAGACAGUUCUCGACCUUGAACCAAGCGUCGAUGGUUGUCAUGCUCUAGUCUGGACAUAUUUUGUCGCUGCCGCAGAAACUGUACGGAGUUUGGCACUAUCCCUAUCGCAGUCCAAAGCCUCGAACACAUAUGGGCCAACCAAGAUUCGCAAAGAUGGACCGAAGUCGUCACUCGUCAACGCCCAAUCUUAA